ACCUUGCCUGCUGCUGACUGGCCUGGGAUUCAUGGAGAGGGCCUCGCGGGGCAGCUCUGAGUACUGCCGUGCCCAGCAUCGCCGUGCCUGCUGCUGAGGGGGCCCCUGUGCCUCUGGCCCUCACCAUUGCCCUCGCCUGCCGAUGGCCUCCACCCGGCCCAGGGCCACCUGAGCCCCCUGCACCCUGCCAGGACUUGCCGUGCCCCGAUGGGGUAACGUGACAGAGGCCCGUGCAUCAGAGCCACUGCCCGCCGUGGCCAUCGCCUUUGACCCCCACCCCAAGGACGCUCUAUUGGUUCAGUUUAAGUUUGUUUUUCCUUUAGUCCUUGUGGGCUUGGGGCUCGCCUUUGAGUGAAGAGGACUGUCCACCCGUCCAUCUGUCCACCAAUGCAGAGAGGACGUCCCCAGUGACAGGCACAGCCCUGGGCACGGAUCGACGGCCAGAUUGACUCUAGGCUUUUAAAAGUUUUCUUUGCUGAGCUUUUUGGUUAUUUUUAUUUUCGCCCUUUUAUGAUUAUUCGUCUCUAAGAGGCAGGAGCUGGACUGGCCCGUUUUACUCUGGGCGGGGGCGCUGUUUUUUCUUUUUCUUUUUAAAGAGUUGAGUUUUCUUUUUUAACUAUCCCCACUCCGAGAGCAUCCUACCCCCUCCCAAGUAUUUGCACAAUAUUUGUGCGGGGUGCGGGGGCAGGUUUUUUAAAAAGCAUUUUCUCUCUUUUGGAAAAGCACAGAGAUCCCGUUCUUGGGUUUUGGGGGUCUGGGGGCCCCUCCUGUGAGUGUCCCCAGCCCGUCUCGGGGAGGAGCCAUGGCACGCAUGAACCGGCCGGCCCCUGUGGAGGUGAGCUACAAGAACAUGCGGUUCCUCAUCACGCACAACCCCACAGACGCCACCCUCAGCACCUUCAUCGAGGACCUGAAGAAGUAUGGGGCCACUACCGUGGUGCGGGUGUGCGAAGUGACCUACGACAAGGCCCUGCUGGAGAAGGAUGGCAUCACCGUUGUGGACUGGCCAUUUGAUGAUGGGGCACCCCCGCCUGGCAAGGUGGUGGAGGACUGGCUGAGCCUGCUGAAGGCCAAGUUCUGCGAUGACCCUGGCAGCUGUGUGGCCGUGCACUGCGUGGCUGGCCUGGGAAGCAGGUGGCCUGUCAGGGAGGGGAGCAGAGGCUUGGAUGACCCGGCCCUGCUGUCUGCCCCCAGGGCUCCGGUCCUCGUGGCACUGGCCCUCAUCGAGAGCGGGAUGAAGUAUGAAGAUGCCAUCCAGUUCAUCCGACAGAAGCGGCGCGGAGCCAUCAACAGCAAACAGCUCACCUACCUGGAAAAAUACCGGCCUAAACAGAGAUUGCGGUUCAAAGACCCACACACGCACAAGACCAAAUGCUGUGUCAUGUAGCUCAGGACCUCAACCGCCUGGGGCUGAGGGGUGGCCGAGCCACCAUGCCCCACCCAGCAGGGCCUGGCACCUCCAUCUGGCCUUUCUCUCCAACACCUCAGCACACCUGCCUCCUGGGGUCCAGCUCCGCCCAAGCACCCUUGCCUUUCUCUUUCUCUCUCUGUCUCUCCCUGUGUCUGCCCGUCAGCCUCUUUUUACAUCCAUCCUUCCCUUUGUGUCCUGUCUCCAUGCCCUGUGUCUGUCUCUGUGUCCUGUGUCUGUAUCUCUGAGGCUUAGUCCAGGGCCCUGUCCCUGACCUUCCUGCCAUCACCCUCCCUGCUCCCCCUCUUCUCUGGCCUUGUGUUGGGGACAGGUGUACUUUUUAACCACUGGGCAGGACCCCUCCUCCACAGCCCCUCGCCCUGACCUGUUCUCAGCCUCCUAAAUUAUUGGGUCUGAGGAUGGUCAGCUGUUCUGGACAGUUGAAGGCAAUAAAACAGGACCCUGUGGCUGUGUGGGGCUCCCUCUGGUGUCCA